AUGAUSMCARUGUGUCUGAUAUUUCCACUUCUCYUAGAGAUGGUUCAUGGGGUAGUUAGGAAUGAGUCCUCAUCCAUCGGUCAGAAUCAGAAGAAUGGUCUCAUGUCAGCUAACGUUGGAGACACAGUGGUUUUGCUCUGCUUCAACAAAGGCGACGUGGGAGUAAUGUUCUCCUGGUACAAGCAAACUUUUGAAAAUAUUCCUCAGCUCAUCUCGACCAUCUAUAAGUUGGACAAGAAUGCAACAUUUUACCAGGAGUUUAAGAAUAACCCUCGCUUCUCAGUGGAAGGUGGCCAAGGGAAAAAUAAUCUAAUGAUCGCAGKCGUMGAACUCUCUGAUUCAGGCACAUACUACUGUGGAAGUUCUUAUGGAAACAAUUUGGAAUUUGGAAAAGGAGUCAUUCUCAUCAUAAAAGGAUCAGAUUGCAGAAKUAUGACUAUACUUCAGCAGCCUGUGUCUGAGUCAYUCCAGCCAGGAGACUCUGUGACUCUGAACUGUACAAUACACACUGAGACCUGUGCAGGAGAACACAGUGUSUAUUGGUUCAGACAUGGCUCAGGAGAAUCCCGUCCAGGAAUKAUUUACACCCAUGGAGACAGGYGUGYUCAGUGUGAGAAGAGCCCUGAGGCUGYGUCUCCUACACAGAGCUGUGUCUACAACCUCCGCAAGAGGAACCUCAGCCUUUCUGAUGCUGGGACUUACUACUGCGCUGUGGCCUCAUGUGGGGAGAUACUGUUUGGGAACGGGACCAAGCUGGAUGUUGAAG